GGCUCUGUGAUUUAACGCACAGCGCCACCCACGUCCCUAUAACUGCUAGGUAGGCUUGUCUAAAUAAGAAUGCCAUCAACUGGCACUGAAACUAAUCCUGUGAAGGCGCCUUCCCCCUAUCAACAUGCAGGAGGUUCCACAAGUAUCUCUGCCACCACACUAAACAUUUGAGUUCUUACAUAUACAGUGUGGGUAUUAUGUGGCACCUGUAAAAGUGUCAAUUCCACUGAUCAGAGUGUUCUAGUGGACCCAUAUGGGUAAGGUGAUAUUUUAGGUGAAGGAGUGUGGAAAAUGAGUUUUGGUUUUGGUUUUAUAGAUGAGUUUCAGGCAGUGGGACCAAUUGUGGAGGCUUCAUUGCAUAAGAAAGUGAAACGCAGAGUUAGUUUCUCUGGAAGGAUGUGGAAAUGCUUAAUGCUGAAUAGCUUUUACCUUACAGACAUUUUUUCAUUCCCCAGUCCCUUCACAUUCUACUGCCAUCCUGCAGCCGCCUCUCAUCUCAACAAAGCCAGACACUCUUGAUCCAUCAUGGCCUCAGCACCACCAUCCAUGAACAUAGAAGAGGAAGUCUUGUGCCCCAUCUGCAAGGACCUCCUGACAGACCCCGUGACCUUGAACUGUGGCCACAACUUCUGCCGAGGCUGCAUCACCAAGCACUGUGAGGUACGGGAUGAAAUUGAGAUGGGGGACUGCAAGUGUCCCGUCUGCAUGGACAAGAUCCGGAACAGGAAUUUCUGCCCCAAUUGCCAGCUGGCAAAUGUAGUAGAAAGUAUCAAACAUCAGAGAAAGGAACUAUGUGAGAAGCAUAAAGAAAAACUCCACCUGUUCUGCAAACAAGAUGCAGAAUUGGUGUGUUUGGUUUGUGAGCGAUGCCCAGAGCAUAAAUCACACACUGUGGUUCUCAAGGAAGAGGCUGCCCAGGAAUACAAGGGCUUGAUCUGUAGCUGCCUGAAGAAUCUGAGGAAAGAGAGAGAAGCUAUUCUGGCAUACCAAGCAGAUGUGGAGGAGAAAAGCCAAGACCUCCUUAAAUUAACAGCAACUGAGAGGCAGAAGGCAGUGGAGAAGUUCAGACAACUGCACCAGUUUCUGGAAGAGCAAGAAAAACAACUACUGAAUCAGAUUGAAGAGGCGGAGAAGGACAUUGCAAGGAAAAGGGAUGAGCACCUGGCCAGACUCUCCGGAAAACUCCCCUCUCUUGAAAAUAUCAUCAAGGAGAUGAAGGAGAAAAGUGAGAAGCCAGCGAUUCAACUCCUGCAGGAUGUGCGAAGGACUUUGCAGAGGUAUGAGCAAAGAGAGCGAUUGGAGAAUUCAGCGGCUUUCCCUCGAGAGCUGAAGAGGGGGCUCUUAGAAUUCUGUGACAUAAAUCCACUUCUGGAGGGUGUCGUGAAGCAAUUCAAAGAUGCCCAGUUACUCAGACAGCAGCUUUGGAAAGCAAACAUCACUAUGGGUCAAAAAGCAGCAGCUCAUCCCUCCGAGGAUUGUAAACAUGUGAAAUGCGGCCACAAAAGUCAAGACCUGUUGAACAAUCCUGAAAGACUCAACCUUCUCCAUUCUGCGCUGCAAUCAAAUGUCACUCUGGAUCCAGACACAGCUAAUCGUAUUCUUGCCCUCUCUGAGGAUCGCAAAAGCGUGAGAUUGGGAGCCCCACGUCAAGACCUGCCCGACAAUCCCGAGAGAUUCGACACAGUUAUUUCCGUGCUGGGAAGGGAGGGAUUUGCAGCAGGCAGACAUUUUUGGGAGGUCAUUGUAGAGAGAGAGGGAGAAUGGGCACUGGGGGUCACCAGGAAGUCCUUGAGGAGAAAGGGCUCCUUUCACUUAAGUUCCGAGGAAGGGAUCUGGGCUGUGGGGAGGUGGGGAGGAGAGUACAAGGCCUUUGACCCACCUGAUGUCCCUUUUCUCUUCCUGAGAGGGGAGCUCAAGAGGAUCCAAGUGUUUCUGAAUUAUGAAGCAGGGGAAGUGACUUUUCUCAAUGCCGAUUCAGGAGCCCCUCUCUACACGUUCUCAGGAGCCUCGUUCUCUGGAGAGACCCUCCUCCCUUUCUUCUAUCUGUGGGGAGAGAAAACCCACCUCAAAAUUGCCUGAGGAGAAAACUGCGUCACACACUCAGGCAGAGUUUCUUUCUAGACCGGAAUGGUUGCUCUAUAAAGCAAACGCUUAUUAGCAGUUGGGUGAGGGUUCACUCCAAUCACAAUUGGUAGAAAUAGCAA